AUGGCGGAAGAGUUUGACCAGGUGGAUGAUGUGCUAAAAAUCGUCUACAGAUUGCGCCAUAGCGAGAGCACCUGCCAAAUGCUCCCAUCAACCGAAUAUGCUCUCGUUCGGCUACUGCUCAAGCAUCGCGCUAUUGAUACCCUUCUUGCCGUUCUUGCAGAUCCUAUCAACUAUGGGAUUUUCCUGAAUGAGCACUCAGCUUGCUUACUUAUCGAUCAUCUUCUCGAAGAUGGCAAAAUUGCAGGUUAA